AUGGCACUUCCCACUUCGGCUGGGGGCAAGGGGCCUGUGCUGAUGCUGUUGCUGGCGCUGGCUUACUGUUAUGAUACUUACGGAUACUGUCGCUGCUGCCACGAACAAGGUGAAGGCGCAUGCAGCAGCAAAGAAGAAGAAAAGCUUGAGAGCGCGGAGUGGGUAUUUCCAGCCAAGGUUGGCUUAGCCUCAACCAAGAUCGCGGUGGGAAUGGAGCGCUAUUGCGCGAACAAGUCUGGCGGCCGUCCUUGUGGGGUGUCCCCUUGUUACCACCAUAGCUUUUUGGUCCUUCUUGCGCCGACCACGACCCUUGGUUGGCUGCCCGGUUGCACUGGAGAUCGUCCCUACGUCGACUGUGUGGAGGUGAUCAUGGUGCACCGUGACCACAAUGCGACCUAA